AUGAGGCGUUCCAGAAACAAGGCCCUUGUUUGUCUGCGUGAGGCGUUUAUACGUCAGCAGCGGUGCUGCAACACGGAUGGGAGACAGCCGUAUCGACGUCGCUCCUCGGAUCCUCAAACCAUUAGGGAGAUCGGUAAUUUUCAGAGGGAUUUGCGGUUUUCGAAGCGGCGUCCUCUUCCAACGGCGCCAUGGCUGCAGGACAAGAAGCGAACCUACAUGGAUGAUGCUGAACGAUUGUAUGGACGGAAGGAAACGUGGUGCAAGGUUAAGGAUGUGGCACUGCGUGAGAAGUUGGCGUCUUUGCUACAAGACUGUUUGAAAGACAUGAUUGACGCAACUAAACUGGAGGUGCGUAGCGCAAAGAAGUAUAUGCAGCUCACCAACCAAAUGGACUCUGAAUAUCGUAGUUACGUGGCUGCAGCAACCUUUUCCUUUCCACACGCGCUUCGUUCUUGGGCACUGACGGUGUGUCAGAAGGAGGGAGAGGAAAACCGUCUGCUGUCUGCACCAUGUGGUGCUCAAGAAGGCGCUUCAUCAUGUGAAGACGGUGCUACUUCUCCGCUUGCAGACGAGGAAUGUGAAAAUGCGACCAACGAAGGAGGGCAAAACCAAAUGAUACAUCUGACGCGGAGGAAGUUUUUGGAAUCGCGACGUCGCCAAGGUGAGGAGGCCGUGCUGGAGAAUACGCCUGCCACCAUGGAUCUCUUGAAGGAUGAGAAGCGAACCGCCCCUUAUUCGGCAUUUCCGUUUUUGCGUCAACGAGCCAUGGAGAAGGAAACCACUCUGGACCCGUCUUUGGUGGAUUGGACUGCAAAGUACUUUCCAGAGGACGACGACCGCACUUUCUCCUCCCCACCAAAGCUCCACAGGGAUACAGAGGAGGGGGGAACAAGUUCGGCCUCUUCAAUUGCACCAACGUCAACAGGGAAUAAUGAUUCCCCCUAUUCUAAGCCAAAUGCACGUCGUCGAUUGCAGCGCUCGCUAAGGCUGCAUGAAGACAUGCAUCGUCCCACAUUUGAUGCGGAGGGGGUGUUUUACCGUGUUCGUCGACAAGGCAACGAAGAGGAUCGUGCGGCGAAACCGCGGGCUGCCCGUGGCUCUGACGCAAAAACUGACCGAAAUGGCGAAGUGGUGAAGGUGCCAUGGGACACUGUGGUGAAGGCAAACGAGCAAGGCUACUCUGUGGAUGUCUUACGUGCAAAGGAGCGACUACUACGGCUUUCAAGAGGCGAGGAUCCAGCGACCAUUCCGUGA